GCGGCAUAGCCGAAAUUUUCAGACCCAAUUCAGCCGGCAAAAAGUGAGCAGGCGACCCCCCUCUUUUCUCCGUGUUCAUUACGACGCCGUUCCUUGUUCUUCUCCUAUUAUCUCUCCCGUGACUCGAGAUUUACAAACCGAGCGGUGUUGCAGUCUCUGUUAUCUUACUUUUUCGUAUAGACAUGGCCUUCGUUUCGUUCGUCGGGAGAGUUCUCUUUGCCUCCCUGUUCAUUCUCUCUGCUUAUCAAGAGUUCAGCGAUUUUGGUGUUGACGGUGGACCAGCAGCAAAAUAUCUGGGACCAAAAUUCAAGGUUCUGUCGAACCAUGUGUCAUCUGAGACUGGGUUGCAACUGCCGGAAGUUCAAAUUAAACAUUUAGUGGUUGGUGCGAUAGCAUUAAAGGGCAUUGGGGGUCUUCUAUUCAUCUUUGGCAGCUCUCUUGGAGCUUAUCUUUUGCUUCUUCAUCAAGCAAUUGCUACUCCAAUACUGUAUGACUUCUAUAACUACGAUGUUGAGAGGAAAGAGUACACUCAACUUUUUCUGAAGUUUACACAGAAUUUGGCUUUGUUGGGAGCAUUGCUAUUCUUCAUAGGCAUGAAGAACUCAAUGCCAAGGAGACAGAUGAGGAGAAAGGCUCCCAAAACCAAAACAGUGUGAAUGGAACAUUUGGUAUAUGAAGAGGGUUCAGUUGGUUGAUCGUUCCAACCAUGCCUGAAUAUUUUCAGGAACUACUUUUGUAAUGCUUGUAUUAUUAGUCCCUCCCUUUUCAAGUUGAAGGUAACAGAUUUGUGUUUAAAAAAAUCAGCUUUGUUUUGAGUGGGUGGUGUUUCCUACGGAGCCUAUUUAUGGACAAUUCAAUUUUGGUUUA